AUGUCUCAUCAUUUUCGCCACACAACUCUCCUCUCGACGUAUGAUUACCCACCUCGUGUUGUCCAAUUCCCCACUCGAGACGGAAAACAAGUUUACACAUCAGAAAUUUUUGCGCAAAAUGUAUUUUCACUACGCACACUCUCCAAUGCGCUUCCGAAACCUGUCUAUGAACAGUUUGUCAAGCAAAUGCGUGGUAGACAAGUUAUGGAUAAAAACACGGCUGACAGUGUAGCACAUGCUGUACGUGUAUGGGCAAUGGACAGAGGCGCAACACAUUUUACGCACUGGUUUCAACCACAAACAGAAUCGACCGCUGAGAAGCAUGAUUCCUUUUUGAGUUUGAAAAGUACGUUGGGUGAUGGUUGGGAAGAACAUGUGCCAAUGGAUGCAUUCUCGGGAAGUCAGUUGAUACAGUCGGAACCUGAUGCAUCAUCGUUUCCAAGUGGAGGGAUGAGAACUACUUUCGAGGCUAGAGGAUAUACUGUAUGGGACACUACUAGUCCGAUGUUCUUACAAUCGGGUCCACACGGAACUAUGAUUUUAUACAUUCCGUCUAUUUUCAUCUCAUACAAUGGAGAAGCGUUAGACGAGAAGACCGUACUGUUGAGAUCAGCCGAGGCACUGUCAAAAGCGGCUGUCGAACUGUUGAAUGUCAUUGGAAACGAUAGUUCAACUGUGAACCACGUAUACACCACUCUAGGGAUAGAACAAGAAUUCUUCUUGGUCGACAGAGGACUCUAUGUUCUGCGACCAGAUCUAAAAAUUACUGGUCGUACCCUGAUCGGUGCAGUUCCUCCAAAACACCAACAGAUGGAAGAUCACUAUUUUGGUAGGAUGCCUUCUCGCGCAAUGGCAACUAUAAGCGAGGCCGAGUUAGAAUUGCUUAAACUGGGUGUACCAGUAAAAACUAGACAUAAUGAAGUCGCACCAGCACAGUUUGAAAUGGCACCUAUCUUUGAAGAUGCUGCUUUGGCGGUUGAUCACAAUCUGUUGACUAUGGAAGUCUUGAGUAAAGUAGCACAUAGGCACAAGCUGAAAGUGUUGUUCCAUGAAAAACCAUUCAACGGUGUUAAUGGAAGCGGGAAGCAUUGCAAUUGGUCAAUGUCAACUAAUUUGGGAGAGAACUUACUCGAACCAACUGCUACACCAGAAUCAAAUACAAAAUUCCUCCUCUGCCUGGUUGCUGUAUUAAAUGCUGUCUAUAUCCAUGGAGAUCUACUCAGAGCCGGAAUAGCAUCAGCUUCAAAUGACCAUCGACUGGGUGCAAACGAAGCGCCACCCGGUAUCAUCUCUGUAUUUCUUGGUACUCAUCUGACAGACGUGCUUGAUGCUAUAGCUGAGAACAGACCGAUCAUUCGCUCAUCCAUUCCUCAUGUCGAGCAUAUCAAAGUAGGAGGUACCACGCUCGAUGUCAAGAUAUCUACUAUGCCAGAGAUAUCGCGUGAUCUGACUGAUAGAAAUAGAACAUCACCGUUUGCAUUUACCGGAAACAAGUUUGAAUUUAGAGCUGUCGGAUCCAAGCAAUCACCAUCCUUUCCCGUCACCGUAUUGAAUGCUGCUGUUGCGUCGUCGAUUCGGGAAAUUACUGCUGCACUCAGGAAGCAACAAGGUGAUAAAUUAUCUCUUACCGAGGAUGACAAAAUGUCCGUUAUUAAAGAAUACAUAAUUAAAACCAAGAAUAUCAGAUUCGAGGGUGACAAUUAUUCUGAUGCUUGGGUUAAAGAAGCAGAGUCUCGUGGGUUACCAAAUAUUAAGAAAUCGUUAGAUGCAUUUACAAAAUUGCUUGAACCUGUUCAUGCUGGCAUGUUGACACAGAACGGAAUUUUUACGGAAUCGGAAUUACAUUCGAGAUACCAUAUUCUACUUGAGAAAUAUACAAAGGAUAUACUGAUUGAAGCAAGUACGCUUCGGUCGAUAAUAAUGACAAAAGUUCUUCCUGCGGCAUACGAGUUCCGUAAAUCGCUUGCGGAGGGUAUAAAAGCGUUAAAUGAUAUUGGCGCCGCAGCACCUGAAGAAAAUGUUCUUGAGCAGACUGCUCCAGCCGUUCGUAAUCUACAAGCGCAAAUAGCACUUCUUGCAGAUAAUAUCGCAAAAGUGUCGGCGAUACGUGAUGCAAAGGAUGCAGCUCGUGCUGUACAAGAAGAACUGCUGCCGGUAAUGGAGGAUGUUCGAGUUUCAGCCGAUUUCAUGGAAGAAUUGGUAGACGAUAAGAUUUGGCCAUUGCCAAAGUAUUCGGAAUUGUUAUUCACUUGA